CCUUAGCUGUUGGAUUACCUAUGAAAUGUCCUAUAGAGAAAGGUCAGGAAGCACCAUAUCAAUUUCUGACUUCGUGUACAACGUGUGAUCGGCUUUCUUCCAUAAAAGCUCAUGUAACAAUAUCAGUUGCUACCUGCCAUGUUUGAAAAAUGACAAUGAACUAUUGCAAGCUAAAAAUUAAUCCCUCUUAUAUAACAUAUUAUCAAACCACGGAAGUGGAUCGCAGAGAUUAAAAACCCCUUUGCCAAAAUGCAGCAGCUCACAUAUCACAGAGACAACAUGCCGAAAAGUGUUAUGCUGACUUGUGAAGGGAACACAUGGGAUUAAAUCAUGUCAUGUGAUCAAAAGCAUGAUGUAAAAUAGUUUUGGAAAAAAAUCAAAUGAAAAGAACAAGAUACGACGAGAAUAAACUCUUGUGUUGCUUUAUUGCAGGUUCUCAUGAGGGAGGACUAACGUUCCCCUGAACAGGGACCACAGAGGCAGAACGAUGGUUAAAAGCGUCAUGGUAGCCUAUGCCCUGUGGGCAGUAGGUGGGCCUGUGGGCCUUCAUCAUUUAUAUUUAGGACGAGACAGUCAUGCUCUGUUAUGGAUGCUAACUCUGGGAGGAUUUGGGUUUGGCUGGGUCAGAGAGGCCAUACGUAUUCCCGCAUAUGUUGUUGAGGCCAAUCGAGAGGCAGAGAGGGAGAGGAGAACGACACCAACCACGGUGCCUCCACCUAUAGGUCCUGUCCGCUUUGUUGGACAGGUGAGUGUUGGGAUCUACUUUGGCACGGUGGCUCUGAUUGGACUGAACUCCCUGAGGUUCUUCUACUUGAUCGUCCUGCCUUUAUGUGUGGGUGCAGGCGUGCAUCUGGUCUCCUCCAUUGGCCAGCAGACUUCGGAUCUACAAAAAACGUUGACUGCUUGCCUCAUAACCUCGCCAAUAUUCUAUGGCAGCAGCUUAUCGCCUCUGCCUAUAAGCCUGGCUGCCAGUGUCACCGCUGCACAGAACCGCAGGGCCAAAAUUCCACGGACAGAUGGGAGCACACCGGAACUAGGUCCGCGGCUUUACAGGCUUGGUCUCGCGUGGCUGGCCUUCUCCGCUCCACUGGGCUACUGUAUUUUCCAUAACACCACUGCCACGCUGUACUACCUGUCUGACUGUGUGUCAGCACUGCUGGAUAUUUUCUGGUUCCUGCCUUGGCUCAAAAACGUCUUUGAGUAUAUUCUUCUAAUGCCCUAUCGGCUGUUGUGUGUUCUUACUGGAGGGGGUUACUAUGAAGACGCUUGGAGAAAGGUGCUGGAAAUACUGCUCAAAGAGUACACUGCGAAAGAGAAAGAGGCACUGAAGGUACUUUCAUUGGACGCGGAGGCGUCCCUCGAAGACAUAACUCGCACCUAUAGAGGGCUGGCCAAGACAUGGCAUCCAGACCACAACCCCAGCAAGGAAGCUGAGGCCAUGUUCAUGAAGAUCCACGAGGCGUACGUGGUCCUCCUACAACGGCACAAACCUCAUCGCUCCACAUAGCAGCGCCUUAAUUCAACACCGACUGGCCUGAGCUGCGGAGGAAAAGUGACACGCUGAUUUAUUUUUAUUUUUGUUUUUUGUUGUGCAAGGGAAAAUAAAUCGAGCGCUCGGGCAGCAUCGGUUACUUGGCAGAGGUGGUCACAGAGAGCAUUUUGCUGUCAUCUUGUGGUGCUACAGGUGUAUUAUAACCCCCAACUAUUUGAUCACAACAUUUCUGUUUAUGUUUUAUUUGCUUGCUUGCUUUUAAACGCUAAGCUGACAACACAAAGUAAAUAUUCUAUUACUUCUCAGCACAAACACAUAAAUAAUAUACAGUAUUACAGAAUGUAAUGAUUGUGCAAUAAAGUGUGUGACAGAGACACGUUGUGAAAAUA